CAAUGACUCAAUUAUGUAUAAAUUUCAAUUAUAUAGAACUUAGUGGUUUCUCAUUCUUUUCACCUAGAAAUAUAAGAGAUAAUUAAAAUCUCAUUCUUAAAACAUCUACAACAACUCAUAGUAAAUAAAGGAAGGUCAUCUUUCCAAAAAAGAAGAAACAAAAAAGUAAGUCACUUCCACCUUCUUGUCGAAUCCCAUAAAUGGAAGACGAUCAUUAUUCUACCACCUUGACAUUGACUGAAAGGUUAAAGAAACGGUAUUUCUAACCUCUAAAAAAUGCUGUUGCUAAAAUCACUGAGAUUAGACAACAACAACAGUCUAGAAGGAAAUCAACUUAUGGAUUAAUGUUUGGACAAUUGACAUCAAAAGAAAUGUUAAAUCUCCCAACAGUAAUCGAAUAACAUAAGCAAGUCAAUAAAUAAGAACUGGCAUUAGCAAGCUUCGCAAUAAUGUUAGAAAGAAAGUAAAGAAAGAAAACAACUAGAAAGCUAUCUAAAAAGCUAUCAAAACAAGAAUCUCUUAUUGGUAUUAUAUAAUUACUAUUAUUCAAAGAAUAUGAUAAUAUGGAAAGACCUCCUUCUUGUAAAACACCCCCAAAAUUAAUCUUGAUAUCAAAACCAAAAGUCAAAUCUAAGCUAUAGUUAGAGAAAGAACGCUAUUUUAAAGGAUUAGAUCUUAAGAUGUGCCAUUUCUUAUCAAGUAAACUCUAACAAAAUGUCUUACCGCAAGAAAAAAAUAUAGUCAAAUCCCACUUUCAAACCAAAUCUUGUGUAUCCCUUUAAAAUCUCUAAAUAUGUUCUUUUAUUUCAUCUCCUAAGCUAAAACCUGCUGUAAAAUAAAAUACUGAAAUAAAUUUGGUUCUUUAAAAACAAAAAAGUAAAUCCACUCUCAAAACUGAAAGACCCUAUAUUAAACAUAAUACUUAACUGUUGAAAAAGAUUUAGUAGACAUUUGAAACCAAAAACACUACAUGGUCAAGACAAAAUUCACUUGAAUAAAAAUAAUACUGA